AUGAACUUCCUCCAUAUUCAAUCUUCUUAACUAUCGACUGAUGAAUCAUCUCACCCCUUAAAUUCCAAAUUAAACUUUGCGCAAAUUCAAGCCGUAGAUUUAAAACCAUACAAGAAAAAAUGGAGGCUACUUUUUCAUCAUGUUCCAAGUGCCAAAAUUAUAGAAUCUAUUUACUAUGAUAUAUAAGGUCAAUCUGUUGACGACCGCGAGAGCAAAGAGGUUAUCUUAUUGCAAUUCAUUUUGUUGAAUAUGCAAGCUCCUUUCGACUUGAAAUUGAAUGAAGAUAAAUGGAUUCAUAUUAGUGAACUGAUGCCAACCCAUAAAUCUCCUAAAGAGUGGGCUUAAAUUUGCCAAAAGUUUGUUCACCAAUCCGCAUACAACAACCCAUGGUCUGAGAGUGAAGAUUAAUUGCUUUUAGAGAUUAUUUUACAAUACCAGAGGAUGAGGAAGGGAAACAAAUGGAGCAAAAUUGCACGAGAACUAAAUGAACGGAGUCUCAAUAAGUGUAUUCGCACACCCAAAUAAUGUAGAGAACGUUGGGGGAACAAGUUAGAUCCAUCCAUAAAUCGUGAUGAAUGGACUGACGUCGAGGAUCUACAUCUUCUCUAACUUCUCUUGCAACUUGGACGAAGAUGGGCUGAUUUAUCUAUUCAAUUAUCACCAUUUACCAACAAUAAAAAAAGAACUGAAUUUUCUUUAAAACAUAGAUUUAAAAAAUUGAUAUCCAAUUCAAAUUGCAUUGAAUCCAAUUCAAUCAGAAGAACCAAUUAUUAAAUUUCCUCCGAUUGGGACAAGAAGGAAAUCAAUAAAUUACUUUGUAAGAUUUCUCAAUUAGAAAUGUACAUCAAUAAAGGAGAGGUUGACAACUUCUAUUAUCACCCUCUAACGAAGCAAAUCCUACUCAAUGAGUCAAACAAGAUUGUUAUCAUAAAAGGGAGAUCCAAAGUAGAAUUGGAUUUGUCAAUUCUUUUUAAUUCGACAAAUUCAGAAUCAAAAGAUUGA